AUGAUCUACCGGGUAAUUGGAAUCACCUUCCUGCUCAUUCAGCUUUGCAUCGGAGCCCCGAUAGAAAUGCCCAAGAAGCGAUUUCCCACCGCCAUCAUCGUCGGCGUGAAGAAGGCUGGAACCAGAGCUCUACUCGAAUUUUUGCGCCUCAAUCCUCACGUCAAAGCUCCCGGUCCUGAAGUCCAUUUCUUCGACAAGAACUUUCACAAAGGACUCGAGUGGUACAGGUGUGUUCAUUUUUCCAUUCAAUUUUAAAAAAUGGUAGUUUCAAAUGGGAGAUCAACUUCAAUUCAAAAAUUUGAAUCUAAAAUAUAAUUUAUUAUUUUAACUGUGUUUACUCACCUCAAUACCGGUUCAUCCUAUUCUUUUUUGACGACCUUAAUCCGACGCCGGUGGGACUUUUGGAGUAGGGGGUCUUGAAGUAGUCUACCUGAUGUCGCCGCGAAACCCCACUCAUCGGUUCGUAUUAACGCCAGAGCUACCGAUAUGUUUGGGUUUUUGCGUAUUUGAAUAUCGCCACUUGGAUUAGAUCAAGUACGCUUCAACGCGUUGCCGCAUUGCGCAAGAGUGUUGUGGUAUUCCUACGAUCCUAAUGGGUCUGAUGCUACUUCUUAAAAUUAGUAGCUUUGAAUGUACUUUCUCUAAAAUUGACGUGUCAUGCUCUAUUUCCUUUUGGAAAUCUCGAGAAACCGAGCUUUCGCUUUUUUUUGGCUAUGAACUUCAUCUUUUCCAAGCACCCAUUAUGGACUUGAAAUACGAACUGGUCACGGCCCUAGAAAGCAGCGCGGAUGUUUGGUUAACAUGCAUAUUUAAAAAGAAGAGCUCGUAAAAGACAAAAUCGAGAGCUACUGAGCAGCUGCUCGGAACCCGAAAAGUCUUUGUGCCACCCAAGCAUGUGCGGUUUUUGUGCCGUAAAUCGCAUUUCUCGGCGAGAGUUACCUCGAAAAAGAUUGAAACUACUGUGGCCUUGAGAUCUAAUUGCAAUCUUCCUGCCGCCAAAGAAAACGAAGGGAAAUUGCGUUUUUUUUUUUUCAAGUUGGCAUAUUUUUUUUCCGUACCGUACAAUACUAUACCUUGAGCCAUCUGUUGGCCACUUGCACGUCAACCGUGGACCAUUUAGGAGAAAUGGCCCGAGGAGGCAAAAAGUGCUGGGUGGAAUGAAAAACGGAGGAAAAAAAGGUGCACGACAGACGCACAGGUGCCAAUUCCGAAGAACACAAAUACGAACUCAUAUAACAUCAGGGAGCUCCCAGUGAAAUAUAAUAUGUUCUUAUUGCGAUUUGUAUGUUUUCGAUUGGAUUUUCUCGAUCCAACCAGUUUGAAAAUUUUUCUUCGAAAUUUCGAGAGUAUCGGAUUAAUAUAUUGAGGCGAAGGUCUCUGAGACUAAUAUUUUUUUUUCAAGUUUUUGAUUGAGUAUAACUAGGAUAAAACAGUUAAUCCUAUCAAAAAAUUGGAGUUAAAAAAAAAGAAAAAAGGGCCCUUUAAUAUUCAAGAAGUGUUGAAUUUGACUUUUUCCGCAUCCCUGUGAGUGAAAUCAACUAGAAUAAUAUUUGGUAUUGUACGUAUCAUUGAAAAAAAUCCUGUCAGCUGAGUUUUUUUAUUUGACACAAGAAAUCCAUGAGUUUUUGGAAAUUUCUUAUAAUCUGAAAACAAACAAAAUCUGUUUCGCUCCAUUUUUUUUUUCUAGAGAUUACAUUCUACGUUCAAAAACGUUCAAAAUUCAUAGUACUAAUGCAAUUUCCCGUUUCAACUAAAAGAUAGUUGACCUCUCUCCGGCUAAACUUUGCCACAGGUGUUUUUGCGUAUACAUGCAGCUGAGAUUGACACACGCCAACGUCGGCAGGUGAGGAACCACUGUACAAAUAAGGAUGCCUUUUGGCAGUACAUAAACACAAGGAUCUCCUGAACGGUGACCCUAAACCAUUUCCUCAUGAAUAAAUCGGCAUUGCUCGAUAGAACGGCAAUUUGCUUUGGCCUCGGCCGUUUGGUUGUAAAAGUCAGUUUCAUGACCAGGGCUGUUGGACUUUUGGGCCAAGUGUUCCAGUUUUUUCAGUCGUUUUUUUGUGGUCUGAGUGUUUUGCUUGUGUUCAAAAAUCAAUUGAAAUGCGCUCGGCCGGUCAUGAAACUUGACAAAAAAGUCUUUUUCAAAAAAACCAAAGGACUUUGAUCGAGUUAUUCGUUCCAACUAAGACGUACAACUGACCUCCCGAAGGGUUCAAUUUAUCAGCGAGACGAUGCCAACAGCAGAAGCCGUUAAUCUUGGCGCGUAGUGGCGACGACAAAUUGCCAGGGCUCCGUCUUCCAGCCGCCUGUGCGCCUGUUCAACUUUUCGGCAGCGGUUUACAUCUUGAAUAAUUUGUUUGGACGGUCCUUUGGGAAACGGCGCAACGCGUUAAUGUGCCAGUUCUUUCGUGGGCGGCUUUGUUUUGAGAAAAAGUGCAGCUCUGAGAGCUCAGGAUAGAUACUCCAUGAUGUUUUGGCCAAUGAAGGUGUGGGUCGUUGGAAAUCGUUUGCUGAUAUCUCUGCUUACAGUUUCAGAUAAUCUGAAAGAUAAGAGUUUUUCAGUUUUGAUUCAACUCGUAGUCUUUUUCUGCUUUCUUGAAAACUUCAAAAACUUGUCAAAGCUAAGAAUUCUUUUUGUAGGACUUUAUAAAAAACUUUGCGUCUUUGAGCAGUACGCUUUUGUGAACAAACUUGAAAUUUUUGAAAAAUUGAUUUUCUUGACUUCUACCAGAAAAUCAACGUUUUACUGAGGAAGUUUCCGAUUAAAAAAAAACGGAUAUUAUGAAUUCUCUCAAGCUUCCCAAACAAUUUCGCCGGAAUUUUGUGUUCAAACUCCAGGGAAUUUUCUUGAAAAAGGAAUACAGUCCUCCAAGGGGAAGGUAGCUGUCUCGCGCGCAGGCCAGACAGCACCUGAUGACUUUACGAGCGUCGCGUGGCACCUUGGCGCACUGUAAUGUCCCAUCGCUCGUCCCCAAGAACUUCCAUAUUGUCCAUCAAAUGUGGAUUCUGGCUGUAAGGUCGAUCAACAAUUUGUCACCAAAGAACGGGUGGAUUGAUAGGUUUUGAGGCUUCGACCCGAUGCGAUCUAAUUUAGCAGGUCGACAGCCUGAUUGGAUUUCAUCGGCGAUCAAAAGCUCCGCAAUAAGCAAAAACCGCUGCUGCGCGCUGAACAACACAGCCCGCACCGCCAAUUACGUCACUAAUUUUCGAGGAUCGUCGGAUUUCCUGCGCGUCCUUGUUUCUUGCCGCUUCUUGCACAUUGGAAGCUUAUAGGAACAUUUGGAAAUAGGCGAUUUUUCGGGAUUUAGAACUGAAAAACUUACGAAAAAAGUAAUUCAGAAGUAAAGUUCGAGUUUUCUCAAACUGAAACUCUUUUUUUUUUCUUCAAAAUCAGCUUCGAAUAUUUUUUUCAUUUCUCAGAAACUUACUUCAAAUUAACUAGAAAUAUUGAAGAAAUUUUGAAGUUGUUCAUUAUCGCAUUAUCAGAAAAGAUCAGUCAAUUAUUUAGAAUUCUAAGGUUUCAAUUGAAAUGAAACGACUUGCUCAUUAUGUUUUUUAAGCAGCUUUUUUUUGCAAGGAACGUUAGAAAAAUUUCGAGCCGAAUGAACCGGAUUUUCUAAAACUCUCUCUCUCUCUAUUCCAGGCAAUUUGCUAAGCGAUAGGACCGCGAAACUUUCUACUCUCUGGUCCAUUAACCCAAACAAGAAACUCGCUUCGCCGUGUGUAAUGGACCCCAAGAGCUUGUUUCAGAAAAUUGAAAUUUAACUUUGUUUCCUGGCUCAUUUUGGAGCCAAGAAAAUGGAAACGUCUUUCCUCGGGAGUCUAGGACACGUCGGUCACUUAGUCCGGAUUAGGAAGGCUGGGUAAUGAGAAGAACGGGGUGCAUCUGGCUUCGGAGUUAUCUACCGAUAAUUAGUCCCGACUUAGCCGCCACGGCCUAUCCAAUCUGGAUUUUCGGUGAUUGCUUGAGAUGCCAAGGCCUGAGGUCAACGAGCCAUUCGAAUUUGCAUAAUUUUUUUGGGAAGUCAAGUUUUUGGCCAGUCAGGUGACAUGUUUUUGGGGAACUGACGCUUGUUUGACAACGGCGACACGCAGUGUUUGGUUCCUUUGAGCUUUGCGCAUCAUUAGGUGACAUUUAGAAAUUAGUCUAAAGAGGAUAGGCUAUCACACAAAAAAAGUCUCAACAAGAGGUCAAUUCAUAAAACUUUUUUGAUUCGUUUAAAAUCAAUGUUUUUACUUUCAACUCUCGUCAAGAAGAAAAUUCUGGAGUUCUCUGGAAGAGUUCCUGUAUAUGAAUCCCAGCUGGAUCAAAGCUAAAAAAUCGGAACUCCCACCAAUCAUCCCUGUUCUUUUUUCUCAGCUGCAGACUAUCCAAGAACUUGGCUCAUCUUCAAGUAAUAACAAGAGCUAUCUCAUUAAAAGGGUUUCAUAAUUCUGUCAGCAGCCGUGAGAUCAUAAUUAGCGCAUUGUACCGGCUGUUGUUGUGCACAGCAUCUUCUGUUUAUGCAAGCGGCAUAUUCAUAAUUAUUCGUCCGUUUUCACCUAUUUUUAUUCAAGAUGACAAGAGAAAAAUAUAGCUGUUUUCUCUUUCUUAGAAGAAAAAAGCCAACAUCAUCAAGCAGCUCAUAUUUUACGAGUGUGUGGUUUUGACUAAUAAACUCACGACAUGGAAGCUCAUUUGCGGCAAGACUGAUGACGACCCAUUUGGCGACGUAAAUCAUGGGUUUUUCGGACCCGGGGACACCGAUAUCAUCGGCAAUAAAUAUCCCUACUAACGUACUACUCUAGGUGUUAUCAACAGGUAAUUAAAAGGUGGCGCUGGCGUGAGGUCUCUUUUGCAGUAACUUGGUCGAAGUUUUCUUUUUAGUUCGCACGAUAUGGGUACUUUUUGUUUGAGAUCACUUGAUAUUUGUUAAAAUCUUCAUUUUUUGCGGUUAUGGCCACUCAUUUUGAAAACAUUUUUAUUUUCAAAAACAAUACUUUUUGUAAGAGCCACAGCUUACUUUUCACUGCAAAUGAUCAAAACCUUCAAAAGCUUUCACAAAAAAGUACCAGCAGUGCAAGACUGUUGCCGUGUGCCACCUGCGUCGUCAUAAACGUGUCGAGCACACCUUACAACACGCUCCGAAAAGCUUUGAGGCCGCCGCCUUGGCCCUGUUAACUGCCUGUUCGGCCGAUUGUCUCAAUAAAAUUAAUUGGAUUGCUCGGCAGCGGAUUGGCGGAAUGUGUGAAGGCGGCAAUCGAGCAGCUAUAAAACAUAGCAAAAGCCAGGUUGCGAUUGAAGCUGAAAUUUUUUAGGUUUUGAGAGAUUUUGUGUAAGAAAAAGGGUCGGAAAACUGGUUUCCGCUCGAACAAAAGCGAGUUUUGAUUUAAUCCUUUUUCAUCGAGAAAAAGUUUUUAGUUUUUUGAAAGCAAUUUUUUGGGUUCGAGCAGUAUGAAACUUUUUGUAAAUACAAAAAAAAAAUUCUUUAGAACUUGAUCUAGGAAAAUUGAUUUCAACUUAAGACCUCAGCUAGGUCUUGCGCAAAAAAUUGCUAACUCGAGAUCCUAUUUUUUCUCAAAACCUAUAAAACUGCAAAAAAUACAAAGCUAUAAUAAGCCAAAAAUUACUCGAUUGACCGUAACCUAUCGCCAACCUACUAACUCAUUUUUAUCGGCGGUCUGGACAGGAUGAAUGAAAAGGAAGGCGAUACGGUGCGAUAUUAUGUCACGGUGCAACUUGCGCAACUUGGGCCAAAGAUAGCGGAAAAGAAGAAAGGGGCGUCUGGCGGCCACCGGAUCCAGAUGAUGAGACUCUUUUUUGAUAGCAAUUGAUCAUUGGGAUCGGGAAAAACCUAAAAUUGUGGAAAUCGCAAGUGACUGUAAACCAAAAAUUCAUUUUCAGAGAACAAAUGCCACUGACGACAAGCGAUGACGUCACUAUUGAGAAAAGCCCAGCGUACUUCCACAGCAAAAAUGCUCCAGAAAGAAUCAAGGCCUUGAAUCCCAACACGAAAAUUAUCAUAGUUGUGCGGGAUCCGAUUACAAGAGCAAUUUCUGGUUAGUUUCGUUCUCAAUUUGAAUAUUAUUUUCGCUUUUUCAGAUUAUACUCAAGCUUCAAGCAAACGGAAACGGCUUGGUCUCAUGCCAAGUUUUGAAGAUAUGGCCGUGGGAGACUGUGCGGUUUGGCUCAAAGCCAAUUGUUCUUCAAAAGUCCGGGGAGUGAAUGCUGGAUGGGGAGCGAUUCGGAUAGGCGUUUACCAUAAACAUAUGAAAAGGUAAAUUUCUUAUACAGUUUUUCUUGGUUUCUUUAUUGAUAUUUCGAGAAAACGAAAUUCUGAAAGUUAGAAAAAUUGAAUUUUGAUGUGUAAAACUUUAAACAAUGAACAUUAAAAAUAGAUUUUCGAAUUUUCGCUCCAAUUUUACUGAAAUUUAACAGGAAAGUUGAAAUUAAAAAAACUCAGAAACGAUUUUUCCAGGUGGUUGGAACAUUUUCCAUUUGAAAACAUUCACUUGGUGGAUGGAGAACAGUUGAUCAAGUCUCCUGCCCAUGAAGUCAGCGCAACCGAAAGGUUUCUGGGGCUCAAGCCUAGUGAGUUUUUCAUUUCAAACUGAUUCAUCAGUUUCCGAAGCGUUCUUAAAUCUAAAUUUGCAGCUGUGAAACCGUCCAACUUUGGUGUUGAUCCUGUCAAAAAGUUUCCAUGCGUCCGACGCUCCGACGGCGAACUUCACUGCCUAGGGAAAACAAAAGGUCGACCGCAUCCUGAUGUUCGACCGGAAGUCCUGGAAAUGCUCAAGGACUUUUAUGUUCCAGAAAACCAAAAGUUUUUCCAAAUGAUCAACCGAAGGUUUUUCUGGGACUCAUAG